CCAGACACGUUGCCUUGGGAGAAGCAACACGGGCGGAUAGCAGGCUGAUCCGAGUCCCCACUCUCACGCCGCACGUCCAACACAUCAGCUGCUCUCUGCCCGACAGUCCUGCAGGAUUUACCGCUGAACAACGGAAGAGUUGGACCAGCCGCUCCAUCCUGGGAAGGUUAGUGAUGGUCAGUGCUAUUUAGAACCCGCAGCCAAGGAUGUCUGCUACAGAUUCGGACAACUCCAUUGACUGGCUGGCAAGUGACAAUGAGAGCGAGCAGGAGUCUGACUGCACAGGAAAGCACAGCCAGGCAGAGGCUCCUUCAUCCCCCAGCACCUCGCCACUCCUGGACCUGUCUGACAGCAGCUGCCACCGGAGCAGCGAGGUGAAGGAGGGCAACUGUAGCGAGGUCAGGGAGGCCUCCAGCCGGGGAUUUCCCCCUGGCUGCCCGGAGACCUGGGCCAGCACCAUUGGACUGUGUAAAACACAGCAAGUAGAAAAAACAAAUGGCAAAAACACUCAGCAAGCACUGAAGAGACCUCACAGCUCCACCGAGGAGGAGAGCAGGGAACGGCAGCUCAUUUCCAACAUGUCAGAGAAAAACCAAAUGUUCAGGAGAAAGUGCAUGGAGCUGCAAUGCUACAUUCAUCCACUGUCAUCUAUCUUGAAUGGCCUUCGUUCAGGGAGAUACAGAGAACGACUCAGCAGUUUCCAAGAGAGUGUGGCCAUGGACCGGAUCCAGAGGAUUAUGGGCGUCCUGCAGAACCCGUGCAUGGGGGAGAAAUAUAUUAAUAUCAUUCUUAAAAUGGAGGAGAUGCUGAAAAGCUGGUUCCCUAAUGUAAAACGCCAAGACCAACUCACCGUCACCCAGACUGAGGAAGCGGUUCCUACCAAGAAACCCAAGCUAUCUCCAGUGACCAUCACUGCAGUCGUGAGCCCCGUCAGUGUCAGUGAUCCUCCAGCAGGCGUCCAAACCUUCAGAGUCACUGACCUCACUCCUGGAGCCGACUCCGCCAGCAACCUGAAGUGGCUCCACACGUCACCAAUCUGCUCCCCCACAGCAGAGCAGGCCCAGGCUGGCUCCAGGCACCUGCUGUCCCCCAGAGACCGAACGCAGGACAACGCUGUGUCCUCCAGCACAGACAGCCACACUAAGACAGACUUGGUGCCCAGAGGCCCUCCGCCGGGCAAAAUCAACGCACCCUGUCUCGAGAGGCUCCUCAAGUCGACAGAAAGCAUCAUCAUCCGUAAAGGGGCGGGGGGUUUGACGGACAGCAGCUGGUCCUAGUCCACACAGCUGGGUGUCCAGCUGUAAGCGCAGCACGGCCCAGCCUAGCCUUGCCCACCAUGCCGGGAGCCAGUCAGCUCGCUUAGCCCAUUCCAGCAAGACGGGAGCCUUCAAAGGGACGUCACAGAUCCCCUUUUAACGUGAAAAGAGUGUUGACGAACAUGUUGUACCCUCUGUAUGGGAAUGCGCCCUCUCUGACUUGACAAGUGUCCGUUUUUGUUCCCUUCUGUUGACUUCUCUUUGUUUUUUGUUUGCACUCUUGAAUAGCGUGUGUGAGAGUGGGAAGGAUAGAUUUUGACAUGCCGAGAUCACCGGAGCAUGUCAUUUCACAACUGAACUCUUCCCCACUGGCUUGUAGAUGCAAUAAUACAAUUUGAGUAUCUGUGAAACCGCCAUUAUGCCUGAAAGGGAAAUAACUGCAGCAGUAGUUUGUGUCGGAAGGGAUUCUUUUUUCUUCAGAUAUCUAGAUAUGUCAGUGGUCUACAUAUUGUUGUGCUAAAAAUGUGGGUGACAUGUGAUGUUAUUUUCUCCCCCCGCCCCGCCCCAUGACUCCACUCUUUUUAUUUAGUUUAUUGAUGUGACUGUUACUCAUAAAUAAGUCUUUUGGUACAACUGUUCUACCUCAGUGGGCACCACGUCACAGUUAGUGGGUAGGAAUGUGAACGCUACACUCAAAGUCUGGACACCCCGUUGGCCUCUGACAGGGAGGUCUGCAGGACGAGUCGUUCUGCUCGUACAAACGGAGGAUUCUCUCUCCGUGGGGAUGCUGUCGUGGCCUGACUGGUGCCAUUGUAAAGAAUGUCAACUGCAGAUUUCGUUUUUGAGUCUCCCAGUAGAAGGCAAACAGUGCCUGUAAUGUCAAGCUGUGCCUGUAAGCCGGUUUGAUAAAGAGAGAGAACCGUUCAGAAAACUUGCUCCUCUGUGGGAUGUACAAAUCAGGAAUUCUCCUGCCAUUUUCCUGUAUCGAGUAAAUUAUUCACAUCUUGCUAACUACUUUCUGUGGUGGAGUAGAACAAUUAUUUUAUGUUGCCACAGAACUGGACAGUAUGUUAGACCAGCAGAGAGGGACAAGGUAUUUCUCUGUGUAAAUCUUACAGAAAGGUUGUCGAUUUUCCCUGAAAAGUGGCCUUUAUAGUGUGACAUUUUAUACUUUCAAAAUAAAUGUGAUUAUAUUUGUUUGAUGCA